AUGGGGUCGAGACGUUAUGACUCCAGGACAACUAUUUUCUCCCCAGAGGGGAGACUGUAUCAAGUCGAAUACGCGUUGGAGUCCAUAUCUCACGCCGGCACUGCGAUUGGGAUCAUGGCCAAAGACGGGAUUGUGCUCGCGGCCGAACGCAAAGUAACCAGCAAGCUGCUGGAACAGGACACGUCGAGCGAGAAACUUUAUCGGCUAAACGACAACAUCACAGUGGCGGUGGCGGGCCUGACGGCGGACGCGGAGAUCUUGGUGAACACGGCACGGCUGCACGCACAGAACUACCUGAAGAUGUACAACGAGGAGAUCCCGGUGGAGGUGCUGGUGCGGCGGCUGUCGGACAUCAAGCAGGGCUAUACGCAGCACGGUGGGUUGCGGCCGUUUGGUGUGUCGUUCAUCUACGCAGGCUACGACGCGCGGUACGGGUACCAGCUGUACACAUCGAACCCGUCGGGCAAUUACUCGGGCUGGAAGGCGAUCAGCGUGGGCGCCAACACCCAGGCGGUGCAGACGCUGCUGCAGAUGGACUACAAGGACGACCUCACGUUCGACGAUGCGAUCAAGCUGGCGCUCAAGACGCUGUCCAAGACCACGGACAGCAGCUCGCUUUCUCACGAGCGUCUGGAGUUUGCCACCAUCCAGCGCAACGCCGACGGCAAGGUUGUGCAGAAGAUCUACAAGUUGGGAGAAAUCAAGGACUUGCUGGAGAAGACGGGCAUAAACAAGCAGGAGGAAAAGGAGGACUAA